GAGAGGCGGGGAGUAAGGAAUAGGCGGCAAGUCAUUAUCGGAGAAGUGUCGGUGCUCUAUAAAGUUCCCAGCAAGUCAUCAAUGGUGUAAUCUGCCACACCUCUCUUCUCUCGCUUGCCUUUAUUUGUCUUUUAGGCUCCAAUUGAGCCCAUUUCCGGGUCAGUUGGUUCUUGAAUCUUGAGAGAGAGAGAGAAAGAGGAGAGAGAGGAGUGUUGGAUCUGAAGAAAUGGCGGUGGAUCCGAGACAAGUGGUGGCGGGAGUGCUGACUGUCACCAUGUUCGUAAUGCUGGGUAACAUGAUCAAGAGAGACCACUUCGAUCACGUUCAGCUGAGCAUUCAUGACACUACCAAAACCUCAGAACUUUCACUUCCAGGGGGAGAUGGGCCUUGGAAAGGUGAUGGCAUGUCCCUUAAGCCAUGCUGGAGUAAACCAGUUUUGGAGGAGGAAGACCAAUCACAAGGAUAUCUUACCUUCUCAUUGACAAAUGGUCCUGAGUAUCACAUCUCACAGAUUGCUGAUGCAGUAGUAGUUGCAAGAUAUCUACGAGCAACUCUUGUACUCCCUGAUGUUAGGGGAAGCAAUCCCGGCGAUAAGAGGAACUUUGGAGAUAUCUACAAUGUUGAAAACUUUGUGAAAAGCUUGGAUGGAGUGGUCAAAGUUGCUACCACUCCACCCCCUAGGUUAUCUGCGAAAAACCUUGCCGUGGUGAAGGUUCCAAGUCGGGUCAGUGAAGAGGAUAUUGCAGAUACUAUUGAGCCAGUAUUCAGAGAAAAGGGGAACCUAAGAUUGGCAACUUACUUUCCUUCCGUGAAUAUGAAAAAGAGUUCAGAAAAGAAAAACAUCGACUCCAUUGCAUGUCUGGGCAUGUUUGGAACCCUGGAACUUCAACCGGAAGUUAGUGAAGUAGUUGAUUUAAUGGUUGAGCGUUUAAGAACGUUGAGCCGGAAGUCGAGUGGCCAGUUUAUUGCCGUGGACCUGAGGGUAGACAUUCUGGGGAAAAAAAGUUGCCAGGGAAAUGGCUCUCCUAGAUCGAAGAGCUGCUACAGUCCACAGGAGAUUGCUCAAUUUUUGAGAAAACUUGGUUUUAACAGCGGGACUACUAUAUAUUUGACUCAAACCCGGUGGGAUAGCAGCCUCGAUUCAUUGAAGGAGCUCUUCCCAAAAACUUACACCAAGGAAAGUAUAAUGCCUAUUGAUAAAAAGGCGAAGUUCCUCGACGCUGAUGCAUCCGAGUUGGAGAAGGCUAUUGACUUCUACAUUUGCUCAGAGAGUGAUGUAUUCGUACCGGCAAUCUCGGGCUUAUUCUAUGCAAAUGUGGCUGGUAAGAGAAUUGCUUCUGGGAAGACUCAGAUUCUUGUUCCAGCUGAGAUCACUGCUUCAUCGGCUUCUAUGGCCGAUCACAUUUCUCACUAUGUCUCCAAAAAGAACCACUUUGCGUAUUCAUGUUUCUGCUAGGGUGGAUGGAAAACCUGUCCGGAGAAAGCCCUGCGAUUCUCAUUGCUGCAAACUACUUUUGUUUAAGCAUUUCUAAGUAGAAGACAAUCAGGUUUGGCUGUAGAAUUUCCCAUCAAUUUGCGAUCUUUUCCUUUUUCUUUGUAAGUUGUGGAAGAGGAUCAGGAUUGAACAAACCGCUAAUGUUGCGGAAUGUAAUGUAGUAUGAUGCUUAUAAUAUAUAUAUAUAUAUACUACUAUUCUAGAGUGGAGAACUUUAUCUUAAUACAAAGUUAAAACCACAAAUUUGCAAAUGUA